AUGGCUCGCUAUAUCGCCGUUAGUCUUCUCGUCCUCCUCGCUGCAGCGUCUGUUGUAGACGCAGGCGGCAACGGCAAUGGAAAGGGUAACUCGGGUACCGCGCCGGGUAAAUCGGGUAGUGCGCCGGGGCAGGCGAAGAAAAGAGGCCACCUGUGCGUCGAUGGCUGCGACUACGAGAAGGGCUCCUUCGACUACUGGAAGGUCCCUGAGUACAAGGAGUGCAUGUCGAAGGCCACUAGGGACACCGCCCCGUGGUGCGCGGCCGGCGCGGUGAACGCCAAGGACUGCUGCGAUCGCUGCAAGAACCCCGGCACCACCCUCGACGGGAAGGCCUACGUCUGCAAAUACUGGGUGCAUAUCCCCGACAAGAAGGGCUGCGGCGGCAAGAAGGUGCGCAUCGGCAAGAACUGCGCCGCCGCCGAGAACGACCCCCACUUCACGGGCGCGCAGGGCACGCGGUUCGACUUCAACGGGCUGCCCGAGAAGAACUUCUGCCUGUACACGGACCGCGCGGUGCACGUGAACAUGGGCAUGCGCGGGUACCUCGACUCGCGCUCCACGCAGAACGCCGCCCUCGUCGUCAACGGCUCCGCCGUGCGCACCUGGAUCCGCCAGCUAGCCGUCAUGUGGACCGACGACAGCGCCGACAGCGACAACACUGUGUCCGCUAAGCCCGCCGCCCACUCGCUGGUGCUGACGGCGCGCGACGGCAAGGAGCAGCUCCGCGGCGAAGCCGGCUUCCUGGCGUCCGCCGAGAUCGACGGCACGCCCCUCCCCCACCUCGCUCCCGGUGAGACCCGCAGCCUCGCCGGCGGCAAGGUGUCGCUUGAGUUCGUGGGAGAGGAGAAGACCGGUCCGUACGACGUGGACCACUACUACCUGCGCAUCGACGGGCUCCUGGAGUUGGACCUGAAGCUGCGCCCCGCGCACCCUCUGCUACGGACACCUGACGACGCGCAGGUGCAUAUCAACGUGAUGUUUACUGACGCGAGCGCUAGCAGCAGCGUGCACGGCGUGAUGGGGCAGACGUACCGCAGCGGCAGGGAGGCGCGCACGGUGGAGUUCUCUCGGCUCGCUGCAAUGCUGCACCACCCCGUGUCCGCCGAUGGCGCGGAGGGUAAGGGCUUCCUGGACGGGCAGGUGAAGGACUAUGAGACCAGCGCUGUCACCGCCACUGACUGCCGCUACUCCGCCUUCAACGGCCAAGAGUUGCCCAUUGCUGCGUAA